GGAUACUUUAUAAAAUCUAGAGAUUUUAAAAAUGAAAAUUCGUAUAGACGUAGUAUUAAAUAACUCCUCGUUUGGGUGAAAUCUUGAUAAGAAAAAGUUAUAUGCCGUUUGUGACUAGUAAAUGCGGCAGAACAAUGAGUGAUACGAAGGGCCCAGGAGAAUUCCUUGGUACUAUUAAAUGUUGAAUGGGUCUUGAGAUGCUCAAAACCAAAAACACAAAAAGUUUACUGUAUAUUGUAUAAUAAUAAGAAAAUCAUUUUUCAUUUUUUUGAAAACUCAGAUGAUCAUAUGACCGUAAGAAAAUAAUACUACAAAACACUAGUUUAGUUGAGUUAUAAUAUAAAGUUGGAAAGUAACUAGGGAUGUAAUAAUAACCGAAUAAGAAGGUGGAAAGAGACAAGAUAGUGACAUAUCAUUGAAUCAAAGCAAAAAAAGCUCUGCUUCUCUCUCUCGAACUCCUAAGAAGACAUGUCGUCCAACACUUCCCCGAUUUUCAGCGACUAUGGUUUCGAUCCCCAAAUCGACUACUUCCAGGUAUUGGAAGAAGCGAGGAAGCACAAGAAAGAAACAUCAUCCAUCGACAGUAUCCAUCAGUUCAAGCUCCAGAAACCUAUCUCCAAGGACGACCUGAUACGCACCGCUCUCCACAAGAAGAACAAGAAGCAGCACCGUUGGUUCUGGAGAAACGCUUUGCUCUUCUUCAGCUGGCGGAAGUGGCGAAGACGCGGCGGCGAGGGAGACAUUGAGUUCGACGAUCGCGACGUUCACGUGGCGAGGGCUAGGAAUUUUCGGGCUGGUUCGAUGUCUGGUCCGGUUUACGUGACGGAGAGCUUGAGCGGUUCGAGCACGCCGUACCGGACGAUAAGACCUCCUUCUUUGACGACGGUGACGCCAGUGGUUCCGUAUUUGAGUCUACGGGAGCUUAGCAUGGAGAGGCAGCAGAGGAUUAGUGCCACUUCUAUGUCUGGUCCUCUUUACUUGGUCACGUGAUAUAAACAUCUAUUUUCAGAGUAUUAUCCUAAGGAAAAUACGAUCAUGGGGAUGGAAGAAAAAAUAUAUUUAAUUAGAUAUAUUUGGGAUGUGUGAGUUAUUUUAAUUUAUAAAAAGCUGAAAAUUUUAUUUUCGGCUCAAUAUGGCUCUAUUUAAUAUAUUACCAUCAAUUUAAUACCAUCAUUUGUUGUUGUCUA